CGACCUCUGCCUGCGUCACUUCCUGCCGGCCCGUCGGUUUCCGGAUGAGACGAGGAGCCAGAUAGGGGAGUUGUACAUCACCACACCUGCUGUCCAGGAGUCAGAGGAGGAAGUGCCCUCGAAGGAAGCAUGGAUUGCAAGCCCGGUUGGCAGCCAGGGAGGACACACACGCCUUGCAGGCAUCUUACCUUGGAAACAGCACACUUGGCUUCCCCGUCAUCUUCGAACGCGAGGUAGUCCCAGUUUCAGCACGUCCUCCACAGAGACCAGCGGGCCAGGCUUCUUCUUUCAAGGCGUCUCUGUAAAGCCUGUGGAGAGGCAGCCAUUCCGGAAGUAAAUAAUAAAGCGUCAGCCGCCUGAGAGUGGACUGCAUGGCCAAGUGACUCGUGAAGAUUUUUAAGGAAGAAUGGUAAAAAACUGAAGAAAAGGCACAUCCCUGAAGCACCACCAGUGCCAUCUAGGAUUUUUGAGCAGCUGAAAGAAGAUAGUUCUGAAAAUGGGUGACGCGGCUGUGGUGCCAGUGGCCCUAAGGAGCUGCUUGGAGGUCACGCGCUGUCUUAAGAUGCCUGUGCCACCUCUGCACAGACUCAGCUGCUGUAGACAGAUUUCACCCCAUUAACCGAAGCCAUGAUGGGAAUUUAGUGCUGUAGCCAUUCUACUCAGAUCUUCUGUGGAGAGAUUUUUUGAAUGUCAAGUAAGAUUCCUGCAUGUUAUUUCCUGAAUUGGGAGUUUACAAAGCUUCUAAGAAAACCACCAUGUUGAUAUCAUCACUGAAUUUGCUUUUAAGAAGAUGACUUACCAGAAAAGAAUACAUUUGAUAUCAGAGAUGAUCCCACAGGCAGAACGAAGGCACUUGCUCCGUUUCCUCCAAGCAGCACGUUAAGUGGAUUACUUGCCAGACUGCGACUUAAAAGGUUUGCUGUCUGGGAAGUGAGGAUGCCGAGUAGCGACCACCUCAUUGAAUUGUUGAGUUGAAUGAGUUUUGUUGUUUCUGAGAAUAUUAUGUGAGUGGAAUCAUGCGGUGUGUGACCCUUUGAGAUUGGUUUCGUUUCACUCAGCAAAUGCCGUUUGGAGCCAUUCACGAGGAGACAUCACAGCUUUCCCAGGUUGGGAGGAAAAAUAUGGAAUGUGUUUUACCGCUGACUGAACACAACCAAAUGAACUGUACUGACAGUAGUUUGAAAACCAGCAGUUAGCAGUUUGUUCAGGCUCUAACGUUGUCCAGCACUUUCCAGAGCAAACUCACUGUUUACAAGAACUCUCAGCCUUACAAAGUUUAAAACCUCAAGCUUUGUUUAUUUAAAAUAUUUCAGCAAAAGAAAAGUACCUGGAACCCACUUUCUAAAAUGGCCAUGGAUGAGUAUUUGUGGAUGGUCAUCUUAGGCUUUAUCAUAGCUUUUAUCCUGGCAUUUUCUGUUGGAGCGAAUGAUGUUGCCAACUCGUUCGGCACAGCCGUGGGCUCUGGCGUGGUGACCUUGAGGCAGGCAUGCAUCUUGGCUUCGGUAUUUGAGACCACUGGCUCCGUGUUAUUGGGGGCCAAAGUAGGAGAGACCAUUCGAAAAGGCAUUAUUGACGUGAACCUGUACAACGAGACGGUGGAGACCCUCAUGGCGGGGGAAGUCAGCGCCAUGGUCGGUUCAGCUGUCUGGCAGCUGAUUGCGUCCUUCCUGAGACUUCCGAUCUCGGGAACGCACUGCAUCGUGGGCGCCACCAUAGGCUUCUCGCUCGUCGCCAUCGGCACGAAAGGCGUGCAGUGGAUGGAGCUCGUCAAGAUCGUUGCUUCUUGGUUUAUAUCUCCACUGUUGUCUGGUUUCAUGUCUGGAGUGCUGUUUGUACUGCUCAGAAUUUUCAUCUUAAAAAAGGAGGACCCUGUUCCCAAUGGCCUCCGGGCACUUCCGGUGUUCUAUGCUGCUACGAUAGCAAUAAAUGUGUUUUCCAUCAUGUAUACGGGAGCCCCAGUGCUGGGCCUGGUCCUGCCCGCGUGGGCCAUCGUGCUCGUUUCCUUCGGCGUCGCGCUCCUGUUCGCCUGUUUCGUGUGGCUCUUUGUGUGUCCGUGGAUGCGGAGGAAAAUAGCAGGUAAAUUACAAAAAGAAGGUGCUUUAUCACAAGUCUCUGAUGAAAGCCUCAGUAAAGUUCAGGAAGUGGAGUCGCCAGUAUUUAAAGAGCUGCCAGGCGCCAAGGCUCACGAUGACAGUGUGAUCCCGCUCACGGGGCCGGCAGGGGAGACCGCCGGGACCUCGGAAGCCACAUCCAUGGGGAGCAACCCCCGGGUCGCAUACGGAAGGGCCCUUUCCAUGACUCACGGCUCUGUGAAAUCGCCCGUCUCCAACGGCACCUUCGGCUUCGACGGGCACACGAGGAGCGACGGCCACGUGUACCACACCGUGCACAAGGACUCGGGGCUCUACAAAGACCUGCUGCACAAAAUCCACGUGGACAGGGGCCCGGAGGAGAAGCCGGCCCAGGAGAACAACUACAGGCUUCUGCGCCGGAACAACAGCUACACCUGCUACACGGCCGCCAUCUGCGGGCUGCCCGUGCACGCCACCUUCAAGGCUGCCGACUCGUCCGCACCGGAGGACAGCGAGAAGCUGGUGGGGGACACGGUGUCCUAUUCCAAGAAGAGGCUCCGCUAUGACAGCUACUCGAGCUACUGCAACGCGGUGGCCGAGGCCGAGAUCGAGGCCGAGGAGGGCGGCGUGGAAAUGAAGCUGGCGUCAGAGCUGGCGGGCCCCGAGCAGCCGCGCGAGGACCCUGCGGAGGAAGAGAAGGAGGAGAAGGACACGGCGGAGGUCCACCUCCUGUUCCAUUUCCUGCAGGUCCUCACCGCCUGCUUUGGAUCCUUCGCUCACGGCGGCAACGACGUGAGUAAUGCCAUUGGUCCCCUCGUCGCCCUGUGGCUGAUUUACGAACAAGGUGCAGUAAUGCAGGAAGCAGCUACUCCUGUCUGGCUGCUGUUUUACGGAGGCGUUGGAAUCUGUAUGGGUCUCUGGGUUUGGGGGAGAAGAGUGAUCCAGACCAUGGGGAAAGACCUCACCCCAAUCACACCGUCCAGCGGCUUCACGAUCGAGCUGGCCUCGGCCUUCACGGUGGUGAUCGCCUCCAACGUGGGCCUUCCCGUGAGCACCACGCACUGCAAGGUGGGCUCGGUGGUGGCGGUGGGCUGGAUCCGCUCUCGGAAGGCCGUGGACUGGCGCCUCUUCCGGAACAUCUUCGUGGCCUGGUUUGUGACUGUGCCCGUGGCGGGGCUGUUCAGCGCGGCCAUCAUGGCGCUCCUUAUGUACGGGGUCCUGCCAUACGUGUGACCCGUCUUCUUGCAGCCGGAAACAGCUGGAGGGAUGGUCUGGUGUGGGUGCGUGGGAGGUGUGUGCACACGUCCCGGCCACGCGUGGCUCCCUCGUGACCAGUUCUCCACAUCCCUUUCAGGGGUUCCCCGCCAUGCCACUCACCAGGCUGCGGAGAUUCUCCUUCCAGAGCUAACCUGACUGCUGUACAUAACACUAUGUAUUACACGGUAUCGUGGUGACAUAAAGUGGUGCGGUUACUUACAUAUUGAAUAUAUAUUGUAUACAUAGAGUAGGUAGCAUUAUUUCAAACAUACGCAAAACGGGAGUGGAGAUCAUUGC